AAAUGUCAAAUUUAGUUUACAAACUAUUGCAAAGGCUUUUAUUUCCGAAAAAUGAAAUAAAAUUAAAUUAGGUGAAGAUAAAUAACAACAUUUAAGAAGCCACAACAUUUACUGAUUAUUGUAAUCACUAACAUUCGUUCGGAAUCAUUAUUCUUAUUAAGUAGCUUCGAUUUGAAAUUGAACCUUAAAAAUAAUAUUUACAAAUUGUUAUGAAUUUACACGAAAUGCUGUUUUUGUGAAGCCUUUACCAUUAUAUUUUUUAUAAUAACAUCAAUACAUUAUGCAUAUAAAUUGAAACAUACAAAAAUAAUCACGGAAUAUUGCAAGUCUUAAUGAAAAUUAUGGAGGCUGUAUAUUGUUUAUGUGGUCGCCCAUAUGACCCCAAUGUAUUUAUGAUACAGUGUGAUGCUUGUAAAGAUUGGUUCCAUGGCAGUUGCUGCAAUUUUCAAGAAUACACAGCCAUAGAAAUAGAAAAAUAUCAUUGUCCACGAUGUAUGCCUUUAUACGGUCCAUCUGUUUAUAAACCUUAUCUAAAUUGGCAUCGACAUGAUUAUUGGGACCCUAAUGCUGCUGAUAAACCUGUCCAGACAGGAACAGCAGCAUUUAUUAGAGAGCUGAGGUCUAGACACUUUUUAUGUGAAGGUGAUGUUGUUUUACACAUGAGAGGGCAACAACUAACAGAAGCUGUGCUCAGCCAGCAAGGUUUCAAUAACCCCAUAGUUGUUGAUAACAAAGAUGGUCUGAGCAUGACAAUACCCCCAGAUAAUUUUAGUUUGUAUGAUGUAGAACAAUAUGUCGGUGGUGAUACAGAGUUGGAUGUUAUAGAUGUUACACGUCAGUCUGACAUUAGAAUGAAAUUAAGAGAUUUUGUUGCAUACUUUAAUUCACUAAAUCGUACCAGAAUUUUCAAUGUUGUUAGUUUAGAAUUUUCAGACACACCGAUGGCAAGGCUUGUUGAAGCUCCCUUAAUAGCAAGAAAAAUGGAUUGGGUGAAUACAGUUUGGCCAAGAAGUUAUUCAAUUCCAGCACCUCAAGUACAAAAAUAUUGUUUAAUGAGUGCAAAGGAUUCAUACACAGAUUUUCACAUCGAUUUUGGAGGUACCAGUGUAUGGUACCAUAUUUUGAGAGGGGAAAAGAUAUUCUACUUUAUCAAACCCACAAUGGCUAAUCUUACACUUUAUCAGCAGUGGAUGACUUCAAGUAAUCAAAGUGAAACAUUUUUUGCAGAUCAGGUUGAUAUGUGCUACAAGUGUACAUUAAGACAGGGGCAAACAAUGCUUAUACCAACAGGCUGGAUUCAUGCUGUCUUUACUCCAAUCGAUUCAUUGGUUUUUGGAGGAAAUUUUUUGCAUAGUAUGAAUAUUCCUAUGCAGUUGCAGGUUUAUGAUAUAGAACGAAAAAUUAAAACUGUAGAAAAAUUUCGGUUUCCCUAUUUUGAAACAAUUAACUGGUUUGCCGCUCAGAACUUGUUAGAGAAGCUUACAGAAUUAAAUUUAGAGGAGAAAAAGUGCCCCAGUAGCCUAUUAAGUGGUUUAAAAUCGCUUUUAUCUUCACUGAAGCAAUGGAACGCAGAUAAAGAUUAUGAUCUUAAUUCACGAAGUCAAAUUCCUGAAACUAUCAGUUCCACUAAGUUUCUAAAAGACAUUGCAAGAGAAGUCCGACAUGCAGAGAGAUAUUUGAGCUCUUUGAAUCCUCCUAAGCCUGAAAGAGAAUCGAAACGAAAGAGGAAACGUCCUAUUAAUAAAGACUUCAUUGAUUAUUCUCUUUCACCGAAAUCAUCGCAGGAUUUUCUAUUACCAAUGGAACCUGUACCUGAAAUAACUAAACCACCUGUCACUUCCCCUAUCAAACUAACACUUCCUAAAACUGCAAUGUAUCCUUAUGAACGACUGUCCGCCUCUAAUAUGGAGGCCCCUUCACAUUCAGGAAGUUUUUGGGGUAAUUCUGGAAGACAAGAACAAACCACAGCUGUUCACAGGGGCGGAGCUGUUUUAAAAUUUAAAUUAGGGGCAAAGGACGUAUUUUCUCAUAAUAUAGAUACUUUUAUUCAUCCGGAACAGUAUUCUCUAAUUUCUCAAAAACCUAAGUCAGUAUAUGACUUCAACGAUGAUAAUGAUAGAGAAGAUUUUGAUGGAUUGACUAUAGAUGAAAAUCCCCCAAAACAAUCCAUUAAAAUGAAGAUACCCACUUCAGUGUGUUCAAACCCAGUAAAAACGAAUAAAAGAUGUCGUAAUACUUCACAUGGGAAUGUGAAUAGUGGUCUACCAAAGAAUGGUAUCGAAUCUUUGCUUAAAGCGUCAGCGUUUACUCACAAAAUAAUAGGUAACUCAGGAAGAACAUCUCCAUCAACAGAAGAUGCUAUAGAAGGGAUGUUAUCAAUCGGCCAAAGCUACUUACAACCCGGUAAUAGUUCUUCACGUGGGUCACGUAAUGCCUCAAGUCCGCCUUAUGAUGAAGAAAAUUUAACUAAUGUUCAUCAAGAUGAAGAUUAUGUAUAUCCCUCUUUAGAUAAUUCUGAUGAUGAAGAGAUUCACAUUUUUAAACCACGUGGACGCUCUAAAAUUGACGAGUCGUGGAAUCCAAAAGCAAAAGUAGGGCCUCUUUUACCAAAAAUGAACAGACCUGCCAGGGAAGGAACAAAAAAGCAGGCAGUAGAAAAAGUCCUAGAAGCAGCAGCAGCAAAAAGAGCAUCGGAGGUACCCGAAAAAGCUCCUAAGCGACAGUAUAAAAGAAAAAAGAUCAAACCUAAACCUACUUCAAAACCAUCAACUAGUGGUAUUUCAAAUCCAUUAUCGGGUAUUGCGGGUCCCAGUACAUCAUCAUCAGGAAAUACAUCCAGGCAACGUAAGGGAAUGAAAACAGUUAAACAAAGACUGGGGAAAAUUUUAAAGAUACAUAAAAUGAUAUAUUAAAUGUUGCAUGUUUCGUUUUGAAGUAGUUGGAUUUUUCUACAACAAAAUUUUUUGGAAAAUACAGUUGAUGUAAUUCAAUGUUUAACCAAGUUUUUUGUUACAUUUUUCAUUACAGACGCUAUGAAUGCAAUGGAAAAUUAAGAUAAAAUACGUUUUUUGUCGCGAAAAUCGAACGUUGUUACAAAACUACAUUAGGUCAUUAUUGUAUGCUUUACUCAUCAUCAGUGAUGAUAAGUAAUCAAUCGUGUGUAUUGAUUUUGAUUUGUGUUUAAUUUGUUCUAAUUUUAGUAGUUACUGGUCUCACUUUUAGACCUUUUGUCGCGGAUCUUUCGAAUCUAUUUUUCAUAUAAGCAUUUGAAAAUUAUUUGAAGAUGUUUAUGAAGGCAAUGCUUUACCGGUGUAGACAAUAUUUUAGUGAACAGUUUGUUUUUACGUACAGUUUUUCGCUUUAUAAAUAUAAAUACUCAAAAAAAAAAACGGAACUGCCAUUGGAAAAUUUGUUAAAUAACUUUUUUAACACGAGUAAUUAAUCAAUUUAA